AUGAGCAGCGAGUUCCUGUCAGAGCUUCACUGGGAAGAUGGGUUCGCCAUCCCCGUGGCCAACCAGGAGAACAAGAUGCUGGAGGACCAGUUAUCAAAACUACAGAAGGAAAAAUCAAACUUGCAAGAUCAGCUUCGGGACUAUGAGGAUCGGAUUAAUUCUAUGACUUCUCACUUUAAAAAUGUGAAUCAGGAAUUUUCAUUUACACAGGCUCUUUACAAAGCAAGGGAGUAUGAAAUCGAAAGUGAAGAACAUUUUAAGGCCAUUGCUGAAAGAGAGCUGGGACGGGUCAAGGAUGAGAUCCAGCGACUGGAGAAGGAGAUGACGGCCAUCCGGGAGCGCAAGAACGAUACAGAAAAUGCCAUAUUUAAAGCUACUCAAAAGCUGGAUGGCUUGAAAUGUCAGAUGAACUGGGACCAGCAAGCUCUGGAGGCUUGGCUAGAGGAGUCUGCUCACAAAGACAGCGACACUUUCACCCUUCAGAAGUAUGCACAGCAAGACGAUAACAAAAUCAGGGCACUGACCUUGCAGUUAGAAAGACUGACUGUGGAGUGUAAUGAGAAAAGGAAGCUUCUAGACAAUGAACUAACGGAGACACUAAGUGUACAGUUAGAAUUAGAUAAAGCUGCACAAGAUUUCCGGAAGAUUCACCUCGAACGACAAGAACUCAUCCAGCAGUGGGAGAGCACCAUUGAGCAGAUGAAGAGGCGGGAUCAGGAGAUAGACAACUUUGCCCUGACAUUAUCAAGGAUCAAGCAGGAAACAAGAGAAAAAGAAGGCUUGGUGAAAGAAAAGAUCAAGUUUCUGGAAAACGAGGUUGGGAACAAUGUAGAAUAUGAGAGAAGAAUUUCUGCUGCCGAGCGUAAAGUUUUAAAGUUCAGGAUGGAAUACCAGAGACAUGAAACUAGUAGAACUCAGCUGAAGGACGAGCUGGAUACUUUAAAAGCUACUCUCAAUAGAACUUCCAGUGAUUUAGAAGCUCUGAGGAAAAACAUAUCCAAAGUGAAGAAGGACAUUCAUGAUGAAACAUCAAAAUUACAAAAACUGAAACGUCACAAUGAGGUUGUAAAACAUAAAUUAAAUAUGAUAACUGAAAAGACCAUGUCUGUUGAAGAGAAAGCAACCAACAUGGAAGACAUGCUGAAGGAGGAGGAGAAAAGUGUGAGGGAAGUGGAGGUUCAACUGAACAUAGUGAAGGACGUGCUAUUUAAGAAAGUUCAGGAGUUACAGAACGAGACAAUGAAAGAGAAAGCCUUGGUAUCAGAGAUUGAAGGAACCCGGUGUGCCCUGAAACAUCUUAACCACCGGCUACACAAACUGGAUUUUGAAACCUUGAAGCAGCAGGAAAUAAUGUACAGUCAGGAUUUUUACAUUCAGCAAGUGGAACGCAGAAUGUCACGAUUAAAGGGAGAAAUUAAUUCAGAGGAGAAGCAAUCCCUUGAAACAAAAAUCGUUGAACUUAAGAAGACACUGGAUGAGAAAAAAUCCACACUUUCCCUUUUGGAGGCACAGAUAAAGAAGCUUCAUAAUGACCUCUACUUCCUUAAGAAGUCAAACAGCAAAAAUAAUGAUGAGAAACAGUCUGUCAUGAAUAAAAUAAAUGAACUGCAUCUUUUUGUUGACAGAUCGGAAAAAGAACUGAACAAAGCUAUAACGGCAAAACAGGAUUUGAUGAUCGACGACAAUCUUUUAAAGCUUGAGGUUAAACGCACCCGAGAAUUACUUUACAGCAAAGCAGAGGAAGUCCUUUCCCUGGAGAAAAGGAAACAGCAGCUGUACACAACAAUGAAAGAACGAGCUGAAGAAAUUAAGGUGCACAAAGCCAUGCUUGCCUCCCAGAUCAAAUAUGUUGACCAGCAGCGGCAAACUGUGAGUUUUGAGUUUCAGGAGCGGCUAAGUAAAAUUGAUAAGCUUAAGAACAGAUAUGAAAUUCUUACUGUUGUUAUGCUGCCUCCUGAAGGAGAAGAGGAGAAAACACAGGCCUAUUAUGUAAUAAAGGCUGCUCAAGAAAAGGAAGAACUUCAAAGAGAAGGUGACAGCUUGGAUGCUAAGAUCAACAAAGCUGAAAAAGAAAUCUAUGCUCUGCAAAACACCUUGCAAGUACUGAACAGCUGCAACAAUAAUUAUAAGCAAUCUUUCAAAAAAGUGACUCCAUCAAGUGAUGAGUAUGGAAUGAAAAUUCAACUAGAAGAACAAAAAAGAUCUGCAGAUGAGAAAUACAGAUGCAGACAAAGGCAAAUCAGAGAACUUCAAGAAGACAUCCAGAGCAUGGAAAAUACUUUUGAAGUUUUAGAACACUUAGCAAAUAAUGUCAAAGAGAAAUUAACAGAGAAACAAUCGUACUCACUUCAACUCAGCAAAGAGACUGAGGAGCAGCUGCCGAAAUUAGAGCGCGUGACUAAGCAGUGUGGAAGACUCAAAAGAGAAAUCCGCAUUUUGAAAGAAACAAAUGACGAAACACUAGAAGAACAAGACAUUGAACUCCGUGAGAUUAAACAGUAUCAUAGGGACAUUGACCAAAUGUUAGUUACUAUCAUGGAAGACACUGAAGUCAACAUAAUUCUUCAAACGUAUUUUGAGCAGAAUGGGUUAGAACUACCUGCAGUUAAAGGCCAGAGCUCCAGAUCUUCUUCACAGUCUUCACUGUCGUCAGUCAGGUCGCCUGAGGUCCCAGUUACUCCUGUGGUCCCAGUUACUCCUGUUUCUCCAACUUCAGUGAAAGUGUUACAGCAGAGCCUCCCAGAGUCUCCGACAGGAAGCAAUAGUUCUAGGUCAGCUAGUAAUGGCAGUAAUUCGAGUACUCCUAAAGGAAAAAAGCCCAGCAAAUAAACAUUUUUUUAAAUCUCUUGUACAAAUUUUGAACAUAAGUGAAAAUCUCAUUAACUUAAAUCUCCCUUUUUCUGGGGUUCCAUUUAUUAAUGAUAUAGGCCUACUAAAAUACUGGAAGUACUGCAGACCAGACCAAAGUUCUGCACAAUGGCUAUAAAAACUGAGAAAAGAACAAAGAUUUUUUUGUUUUGUUUUCCUAUUGUUUUAUUCAUAGAGAAGGAAACUGCAGAACCUUAGCCAGACCACAUGUAAUAAAAGAGGGAAAUCAGUUUGUUUGUUUUUUUUUCCUGGAACACUGAUGUCUGUAGUGUUAGAUGCUUUAUGAAGUAAUGAAGUAACACACUUAUGAAAUAAGAUUCAGGAAUACUUCUAAAGAUGCAUUGCACAUCUCAAUAAGGAAAUUUUCAUUUACUCUAGAUCACAAAAUUACUUUUUAAAAUUAAAAACAAAAACCAAACAACCACCAUAUUCUCCCAUCUUCACCCCCCCCCCCCACGGAGGUGACACACACCUGUUAAAGGACUUUGUAUACAUCCAUAUUUAUCUCUAUAUAUGCAUAAAGUACAACUUGCAUUGCUAAGAAUGCCUCUACUCUGACCUUGAAAAAAACUGAACUUACUAAAUUUAAAAUGGAGGUCAAUAUUGAAUACUAUAUUUAAAAUUAGCUUUUUCAGCUAAUACUGUAUUUCCAGCACUUUGGACUAGAGUGAGAAAUACUACUAUAAAGCUAGAUUUUAAAUACAUUAGCAUUCAGGUAGAUAAAGGAGCAUCAUCUUUAAACCUUGGGAAAAAUAUUCAUUUCAACAGUGAUUGUCUUAGAACUACUAGUUAUUUCAUGAAAUAGCAGUAGUGGUAGUAAAUCUGUUUCUACUGAUGAUAAUUUUUAAUUCGGAAAUGGGAAGGCAUAGUUAAGUCUAAUAACUAAAAUGGCAAAGAAAAUUGUGGGCACCUUUUAGUUGAAAUGCUGCCAAAAUGCAUGAUGUUUAAGACCUAAAACUGAUUAAUCCUAUCAUCAUUUUGUUUAGCAAUGUUAUGAUUCUUGGUCAUGUAUUAGUUUGUAAGUUACCUAAAACUUAAAACAUUAAACU